GUUCUGCAGUGCUGUGUAAUCGUGUAAAUCAACCACUGUCACAAUGAGCCGAAGACUGAUGUUAGUGCUGCUGGUGGUAGCUCUGGUUACCCUAGACCCAACGUCCGCAUUACAGAAGAAGAAAAAACGUGGCGUUUACCACGGGCUGCAUGGAUUUGCGCUUGCAGGCCAUGCUGCCGUCCCAUUGCACGGUGUACCAUCGUUUCAUAAGGGCUACCACCCUAGUCCGUACGCGAGGUUCCCCGGUCUACACAAGGGAUCGCUAGGUGGCGUUCUUCCGCCUGGAUAUGCUCUCUUCCCCGGUGGUGCUAGUGUAGCGUCCUACCAACGAAACUUCCCCCGCUAUCCCACACUGUACGGUGCGGGUCUUUAUCCAGGAUUCGGAGUAGCACCAGUCAAGCCGCUGGCUGGCUUUGCUCCCACUCUCGCCACGGGAUUGACUCCCUUUGCUCCUGCCCCAGCACUGCCUGCCUAUCCUGCUGCUGUUCCGGGCGCCAUUCCUGCUGCGGCUGCCUAUCCACAAGCAUUCGUACCACUUGGAUCACCUGCCGCCACUGGGAACACUCAACAGACGUACUUCGCGACGUAUCCCAAGAACCCGUUAAUUCCCGUUGCAGUUCCCGUGCAGCCGGAAGCACCCGCUAAGGUUCCUGUCGUUGUUCAGAAACCUUUCUACACGGGCUUCUCAACAGUGGUUCCGAACGGAGGGAUUUACCCGGCUGGAGUGUACAGCCCGGGACAAACGGUCGCCGUUUCAAAUGUACAGCCACAGUUCAUCGGUAUUCCGGUGGCCACCGGAAGUGCUAGUGGAGUUACACCUACCUUUGCGACGACGCUGAGCUCUGGCACUACGCAAGUCACACAGGCACCGCAACAACCCUGGCGGCCGGUGGUGGUGAAUCAACCAACACCACCGACUCCAACACCACCGUCCAACGCGUACCUUCCAUCGUACGCCACCUCGCAGGGACAGAUUUACAUUAGCAGCACGCCGGCACCGUCGUUGCACGAUCACCAUCAGCAGCAGUCCCACCAUCAAGCCUUGCUGGAUCUCGAACAGGGAUCUCUUCACCAACAGGAUGGUAGCGGUGCCUUCAACGGACAGCCGUACGAUGUUGCCUCCAACCAUGGCCGAUACACGGGACCAUCCAGCUACGAUGUCGAUAUCACCCACAAUGGUUAUCAGAAGAAGAAAAAGUAGAAUGCAUUUUAGGGCCGUUGCGCGCCCCCAGUAGUCAUAUGCCAGCAGUUUCUUGUUUUGUGUUAUGAGUUUUUUUUUCAGGGGUUAGUUUCGUGAGUUUAUUGAUCUAAUUUAAAAUGAAUAAAUUAUUUU